GCCUCGCGCAUGCGCGGAGCGGCGGGAGUCGAGCCGCCCGCGCUGCCCAGCGCAUGCGCAGAGCGAGCCGUUCCCGCCCUGCGCGGUGCGCGGCCGCGGCGGCCGCCGCUGCGGGACCAUGAACGCGGCGCAAGGCACGGUGGGCAGCGACCCGGUGAUCCUGGCCACCGCCGGCUACGACCACACCGUGCGCUUCUGGCAGGCGCACAGCGGCAUCUGCACCCGCACCGUGCAGCACCAGGACUCCCAGGUGAACGCGCUGGAGAUCACGCCCGACCGCAGCAUGAUCGCCGCCGCCGGCUACCAGCACAUUCGGAUGUACGACCUCAACUCCAACAAUCCCAAUCCGGUGAUCAACUACGACGGCGUGAGCAAGAACAUCACCUCGGUGGGCUUCCACGAGGACGGCCGCUGGAUGUACACGGGCGGGGAGGACUGCAUGGCGAGGAUCUGGGAUCUCAGGUCUCGCAACCUCCAGUGCCAGCGCAUCUUCCAGGUGAACGCUCCCAUUAACUGUGUCUGCUUGCACCCCAACCAGGCAGAGCUGAUUGUGGGUGAUCAGAGUGGUGCGAUUCACAUCUGGGACCUGAAAACAGACCACAAUGAGCAGCUGAUCCCAGAGCCUGAAGUUUCCGUGAAUUCGGUUCACAUUGACCCCGAUGCCAGUUACAUGGCGGCUGUCAACAGCUCGGGAAACUGUUACGUCUGGAACCUGACGGGCGGCAUCGGAGAGGAGGUGACCCAGCUGAUCCCCAAGACCAAGAUCCCAGCGCACAACCGCUACGCCCUGCAGUGCAAGUUCAGCCCUGACUCCACGCUCUUGGCUACCUGUUCUGCAGAUCAGACAUGCAAGAUCUGGAGGACUUCAAACUUCUCUCUGAUGACAGAACUGAGCAUUAAAAGCAAUAACCCCGGGGAAACCUCUCGCGGCUGGAUGUGGGACUGUGCCUUCUCUGGGGACUCCCAGUACAUCGUCACGGCUUCCUCAGAUAACUUGGCCAGACUUUGGUGCGUGGAGACAGGAGAGAUCAAGAGGGAAUACAGUGGCCACCAGAAAGCGGUUGUCUGCCUUGCUUUCAAUGACAGCGUGUUGGGUUAAUGCCUACAUGCAAGAAAGAAAGGACCUGUGCUUGUUUUCCCCUGUCUUGCGAUGACAAGCACCCUCUGGAGCCUGAGACACGAACACUUGUAUCCAUCCCCUCCUCUGAUGGAGAUGGCUCGGUCUCUGGCAGAAGCAGCUGCAUCUGCCUGGAAUGGGACCAGGCUUCAGCCCUGAGCAGAUAAUAACCGAAACGUGUCUGACCUCCAAGGGACACCCCUUGGACAACGGGAACGGCCUGGGAGGCACCACCCCGUAGAGGGUGGCUGGGGGCAGAUCAGCUGGAGGUGCUCCUCUGGCCAGUGCACGCAGUGCAUGCGCUGCAGACACCUUUGCCAUGUUUUGUACCCCAAAGUGAAAAACAUCAGCCUUCCUAAACGGUGGCAUAGGCUGAACAAAGAGGAAGGGCAGCUGUUUUCUUGUUUUGCAAUCCCUUUAUUCGAAGUAUAUUUCACAGACUUACUUCAAGAACAGCACUGAUAAAAGCAGCAGCCCUGGCCAACUGAUAACCUUGUGUUGUGCAGGGCACACGGCCACAAAACACUAGCUACUCCGCAUGAUCCGUCUGUGUCUAGUUCUACUGAUACCUACAUACACGGUGCGGUCCUGGAGCACAGCUGCAAAUAAAGUGUCCGUACCAACAAA